AUGGCAAAGCUUGAGAGUCAAGAGAGGAUCUUGCACAGUCUCUUGCUGAGACAAAGCAGGCAAGACAACGGUUACAACGGGGCAAUGUGCUCCGUCAACUCCCAGGGCUCCGAUCGAAAAAAGAUUCCCGAGGGUGGGUUCAGGAACCCCAGGAGUCUCCUCACGGCCGAUAAGAUCCAAAAUAUCCGACUGGAUUCCGCUGACACAAAUCAGAACCAGACAAACCAGAAGGACCGAGUAAGUGAAAGCGGCUCAGACCCGGGAGAGGGAGUCUCGAACAAUUCGUCCAUUCGCCUCUUCAAGAGCUAUUCGGCACACGACAUCGACCUCCAGGCGGAAGCAAAGAGCGUGCACAAGAAAGUCAGCUCCAAGAAAAACAUCCCAAAGCGAGUGGAAAGUGUGGUAGGACAAUCUUUGCUGCUCACCAGCAAAACUUCAAAAGUCAUUCAAGCCGUGGUGCGGCAUCCUGGCUUUGACCUUUUUUUUGCCGUCAUUGUUUUCUUGAAUGCAAUCUUCAUGGGCAUUGAAGUGCAGUCAAGCAUUGAUGGAGACUGGCUUCCUCCUCAGCUUCCCCAGGUUGUCAACUAUGUCUUUGCAGCACUGUUCACACUGGAACUAGUGGUCAGAUUCUUCUUUUCCAGCGGGAGUUUCUUCUGCUCCGAGGACUACUUUUGGAACUGGUUGGAUCUAUUUGUGGUGGUUUCGUCCAUCACAGAGAUCAUCAUAGACAUAGUCGGUGCAGUUCAAGAAGGUGAAAAGUUACAGGGCGAUUUGAACAACGUGAGUGGCCUGAAGAUAUUCCGAAUCGUGCGCCUCACCAAGGUUGUGAAGGCGGUGCGACUAGUUCGGAUUUUCCGCUUCGUGAUGGCCUUGAGGACGUUGGUCACCUCCAUCGCUCACACCUUGAAAGCUUUGUUCUAG